GCCUAGGCUUAGCUAGCGCCUGAAUACUCGAUCGCUUGCAGUAUGCUGUUGUAAUCCGGCUGAAGUCCAACAUGGCAGCUUCCAUCGUACAGUCUGCGGUAGGCACGAGAGUUAGCUCUGUUCUGAAUAGAGAUGUGAAACAGUUUGGAAAGAAAUUUCUGUUUGACAACAAUGAGGAAACAUGCUGGAAUUCUGAUCAGGGAACACCCCAGUGGGCAUCUAUAGAACUCCAGGAGCCACAUCAAUGUACUGAGCUCCAUCUUCAGUUCCAGGGAGGCUUUGCCAGCAAGACAUGUUGGGUGGAAGGUAGCUUGCCUGGAGAACGUCCAAAGAAACUCAUGGACUUCUACCCUCAGGAUGAUAACACUUUACAAAUCUUCCAGUUUCCUCCAGGCUGUUCUGCCAGCAGUUACUUGAAGAUCGUCUUUGCAGAGAGCACUGAUUUCUUUGGCAGGAUAACCCUCUAUAAGCUAGACAUCCUGGGAAUCCCAUCAUGACCUUCAACAAACAAAAAUGGAACAGUGCUGAGGAAAGAUGCGAGACAAAGAUGGUGUCUGGUUGCAGAAGGAAAUGCUGGAAGAAGAUGCCAGUGGUCGAAUAUUCUUGAGAAAGAAGUAAAGAAAAAAAACAGUGUCCAGUUGCAGCUGCAAACAGAAUCAAUAU